AUGUUGCUGCAGGAAGCGGACCACCUUGUUGACGGAGGUCUGGAUGAGUGGCUUCGGGGCUGGUGCACAGACGAGGUACUCCGCAUGUUCUUGGGUGCUUCCUCCAAGGAGUCGGCAGUGAAAUCUUUGGCAGCGGCUUUGAACUGGAGACGGCGAUACAAGGAUGUCCUGACUGGCCUGCGAACACCAUGCUGGCAGGGUGACAUGCGCGUUGUGGCGCGGGGAGUGUCCGGACAUCCAGUGAUCUUUAUGUCCAUGCAGCAUCAGCCGUCAAAGUCGAACGGCAUCAGCACAGCAGAGCACUUGGCUGUGGUGCUGGAGGCCGCGGUCUGCUCAGCGAAAGGAACCCCGCGAAGCUUCGAUGUGGUUUGUGAUUGCCGUGGGUUCCAGCUUUCCAAAAAUCUAGAUCCUCGACCUGCAGUUUCGGCGAUGGAGAUGCUGAAGCACGCGUACCGUGGACGGAUGCGUCGGGCAUUCUUGGUUGGAGCUCCAGCGGCGUUCGGUGGCUUUUGGAAGCUCUUGAAAGGGCUGCUGCCAAAGCCGACCCAGUGUUCGUCGCAGCCCCCUUCUCCUGAGCCGCAGAGGUCACAUUGCCAGCCUCAAAGUGAGGAUGGAGAUUCUUGUGCGAUCUGCCAAAGCGCUUUGGGAAAGCGACAUUUCAACCCGCGACACCACUGUCGACUCUGUUGCCGGCCCGUCUGUGCAUCCUGUUCGCCCUGUCGCGUGCCUCUGUCCGGCCACAAGGGGGUGCAGAGGUCCUGCUUGCAGUGUGCUGCGACUGCCUCGAGAGCGUCGGCGCUGACCCAGCAGCUCUCCUUCCUGUCGCGGCAGCUCUCAGAUCUCGCUGGUAGGCCAACUGCUGACGUGGCACCUGUAACACUGGAGGAUGCACUCAGCAGCUUGGAAGCUGCAGUGGAGCCCCUUAGGAAAUUACGUGUGCAGCACAAGAUCACGGAACGAAGAUGCCAUGAAGCUGAAGACCAGCUGCACAAUCUCCGCACGGAGUUCAAUCGGAACAGAGAUUGUGAACAGGAUCCGAGGCUGAUCACACCCGGGCCGCCCGCGCCAGGCCAGAAUGCAAAAGCCAUGGCAGUUGUGCUUUCUCAAUCCACGGCACCAUUGCCGAGCUUGUGGGAGACUAGUUUGUGGCCAAUGUUCGCCGAGCAGAAUUCUCAUGGACGGGAGGACAACGCUACAGCGUGCUUGCGCACAGUGCACGCGGAGUGUGCAGGAGGUGCCCAAUGCCACUCGCCGUUUACAGGUGCUAGCGGCAGGUCUUUCCGUGCUGCUCGGCACAAGAUCAAAUACAGCGACGUCAGCUGCAGGUCUGUGCAGCAGACUGGCCACGCUGGGCUUCCGGAUCAGCUUGACAAGAUCCAGCUCAUCGCCUUGAAAGAGGCUGGCGAUGUUCUCCAGGGCUCUUGCGGCCCGGCUGCUGCGCACGUGGUCACAACACUGCUAGCCUCUGACCAGGACUCAACGUCGUGGAGGUUUCCGAGCGAGCUUGCUGAUUGA